AUGCGGGGAAGCACGCAAGAUUCUCCAGGAAAUAACUCGUUGUCACCAUUUUCUAUUGCAGCCAACGACGAAUACCGCCUUGAUGUCGUCUCCCAGCCGGACAAGCCCAUAACUUCACAGUCUUUCUAUACGAACAUCGUUGAAGCCAUGUCCGACAUCAAUUUCAAUCACGCCCAUCACCUGGAACCCUGGAUAUUCGUACCUUUAUACGGCCUCCAGCUUUCGAUUCGCUCCCUUUCUGACCAAUUACUACUUGAGGUCCAUUACACUUAUAUCCUGACACAUCUGGCAACGGAAGUAACCCAUCGGGGAUACACAGAAUGCAAAGCAACCCUAUACAACUCCACCAAUGACGCCCUUGCCGAAAUUCAACUGGUGAGCAUUUCCCCUCCGCGCGGCAGCAACUACACACUCUCCGAGACGGCCAUUUCCCGUCGCGCAGACCCUCAAACUAGUGUCGUAGACGUAUCUCUCAGCAUCAAGAUAGAGUUCGACGACGUACUCAAGGUCAGCGAGCCGUAUCUUCUCCUGUCAGUGAUCUAUGCUUUGGCCAUCUGCAUCACUACCCACGGCGAUGCAUGGCCGCGUUUUGAUUUCGUCAUGCCUACAGAACCUUCUGAUCUUCCGCUAAGGAUAUGGUUCAAAGCUCGGCCUCCCAACAACGCGGUAUCUAAGAGAGACGUGGUCAGGACGUUGGUAGAGGCUGUGGAUAAGGAGUAUGAGGUUCAUCAGGCUCGGGGGUCGUGGAGGGCAUUGAGGAUUUCGCUUAAGAAUGGGAGGUCUAAGGCUGUGGAUGCUGGAGUUGAUUGGUGGGGUAGCUGA